UUUCGAGACCGAGACUGUCGGUGGUGUGGCUCGUGCUGUGCCGUACCCGUAUCCAAACUAAUUCCGUGGCCGCGGUCGCUACUAUCCCGGACGCGGGAUUCUACGGCAAGCUUAUCGUAGCGCGAAUAUAAAUCCAGAUCCCAUCUGGGUUAAAGGCCUAAAAAUCGCGUCCUCGAAAACCUCUAGUCUAGUUCCGAAAGCGCGCACACAACGACUACAGGAGAAGACACGCGCGACGGCCACGGCCAGGUAGAGACAGAUCCAUCUCUCACCUCGCCCCACCGCCCUCGCCGAUCGGGGUCCGCCGACCCCCAGAUCGCUUCUUCGCUUCGGUAGGUGGCCGAGUGUACGCGUACGAGGAGCCUCCCGGAUCCCGCCUCGCCGUCGUCUGUAAGAUCUUCUCGCACAUCUCGAUCUCUCUAUUGGAGCUUUGGGUUUCGUCUGUCUGUCUGUCUGUCUCUCUCUUUGCGAGGUUUGGGUUUUGUGUCGUGGAGCGGUGGAGGUGCCGUGGGAGCCUUUGGUUAAUCCAGGGUGAUCUCUGAUCUGCGAUCUGUGUUGGGGCGUAUGGCUCUGGCGUCUUAACAGAUGACGUGUUUUUGCUGUGGCGUGCAGGAUCGGGGCGCGAUCCGCGGGGAAACAGCAAUGACGGCGGAGGGGACGGCGUGCAACGGCGCCGGCGAGGCGCCGAAGGCGGAAUUCGUGCCCGAGAAGGUGGUCACCGCGUCGCUGGAGGAGAAGGCGGCCGGGGAGCGCGAGGGCGAGGACGUCGGCGGGCCUUUUGUGGUCGUGAACGGCGGCGAUUCUGACGGGCACUCCGACCGUGGCUCAGAUCUGGGCAAGGCGUCCGGCGAGGAGUCGUCGUCCGAGGAGGAGGACGUGCCCGGCUCCAAUGUAGCUCCGGACUUGGCCGUGGGCGGAGAUCACGGGUCCGCCCGAGGGGAAGUGAGUGCUCAGGGUGCGGCACUCGGUGCUUCGUCGGCGGACGGCAGUGGUCGUGCUUCCGACGGCGCUGAGGGUGGCGCGGAUGAGGGCAAAGGCGAACCAAGUUCCGAUUUUGAUGCUGAAGCGGCGCCGCAGGAGGACGUUGGUGAAGAGGACGGUGGGGCAGCUGCUCUGGCGUCCAGCGGGUGCGAACCUGCCAUCACCGGUGCUGAUUCUGAGGCGGCACCAGCUGUGGAUGAUGAGGUUGAAGGCAAGGAGGGCACGGUGGAUGGAAGUGCUGUUGCUGAUGUCGCUGAAGCGGUGGUGCAUCAGGAAGUUAGCACAGAGCAUGAUGAUGCCCUAACGCUUCCCAAGUCUUCUGCUUCCAUGGAGUCCGAGGUUAUUAGAGAGGAUAACAAAGAACAGAGCACCGCUGAUAUUGUGGGGCCACAUGAGCAGGGUACAUGUGGGGCAAGUGCUUUGGUGGAGAAUGAGCAUCUUUGUGCUGACAUGAGGGCUGAUUCAUUUGUAGCUGUUACUGAGCCUGACAGUCAAGAGGAUUAUGCUGUGGAGUCCUGCAUGCGCGAUGAUGUCCUAAUUUGUACCGAGUCUGGUUCUGCCGACAUCGAGUCUGAGGUUAAUGGAAAGGAUAGCAAACAAGAACAGAGCAAUGCUGAUGUCGUGGAGGUCAUAGGGCAGGGUGUAGUUAGGGCAGAUGCGCUGAUGGCAAAUGGGCAUCUUUGUGCCGACAUCCAAGCAGAUUCUUCUGAAGCUGCUACUAAGCCUGAUAACAUUGCUAAUGAGAGCAAACUGACUGAAGUUGCAGAAUCAGGAGAGGAUGCUGCUGCCAGUGGAGAACUGGAUGCCAUCGAUGCAUCAUCACAAACCAAUGGGCAUAUUUAUGUUGCCUCGGGUGCUGAUUCUUUUAUAAUUGCUUCUGAGUCCAAGUCUCAUUCCUUUGAGACGGAUGGACAAGAAACUGAUCAGCAAGAAGAGGAAGUUCCACAAACUGAAGCUGAACUAUUGGAUGGAGUGCUAAAACCAACUGAAAGGAACUGUGCACGCAGUGUUGAGGAACUCAUAGGAGAGGAAGUUGACACAGAUGGGCAUCCCAGUGUAGACGGUACAGCUGAUGCUUCUGGGGAGCAAGAAGCCAAGCCCAUGCAGGUAGAAGGUGAGGCCACAUGUGGUAUUCUCGAAUUUGAAGAAGUGGAUAAGGAUGGUGAGGAUAGUUUGUGUAAUGACUGCAUGGUUGGUGUUGUUUCCUCUAAUGAGGAAACAGAGCUUCCUAUGAAGGAAAGAACAGAUGAAGCUGUCCCCAGUGUUAAUGUUGGCGAGUCAGAGCAAGUAACUGAGGAUACAAGCCAAGAUAUCAUGCAGGGUGGAUUGGCCAGGGGAGUUUUUAUAGGCACAAUUUUUGUUAAGCCAGUAUCAGAUCCUCAUGUUGAAUCAAGCCUCGUACAUAAAGUCAAGGCAGAAGUUCAUUUAGUUGAUGAAAUCACAGCAGCAGAUUUGAAAGCUGAAAAUAUGGUCGAAGUGAAAAGAACAGAUCGUGAAGUUGACGAAAUAGAGGUAAAAGCGCCAGGUACUCACGAAAUUGGGAAUUCUUCAGAAGUAGAACCGAAGGAAGAGUUUGAGAUGGAGGUUGAUGAUGCUGUUUCAUUGCAUGAAGCUGCAGCUUCUGCAUCAGAAAAUGGUUCUGAAGAAAAAUCUAGCAACAUUGCUGUUGAUCAAGUUGAACCUGUCAACCUGAAUGUAGAUGAACUCGCGGUAGAUGAUGAUCAACCCAGUUUUAAUCCAGGUUAUGGAUCUGCUAAAUCUUCUGAUGUGGCCGAAACAAAAAAUGUGGAAGCACAAGUGACAGAACAGAAGGGCAAUGCACACCAUGCUUCAGGUGAGUGGCAUGGAGAUCAUACGCAAGUCAUUGGACCACAGAGGAUCUACAUAAUUAAAGUUCCAAAAUUUGCCGGUGAUGAUCUCUGGGAUAAGAUCCAGGCUGCACAGGCUCACUUAGACCAACUGACCCAGGAAAGAGACGCAAUUAACCGCCGUAGGCAAAAACAAAAGGCUAUAUGUGAUGAAUACAGGGAGAAGUUUGAGGCAGCACGUCAAGAAGAGCGGGAAGCAAGGGCUGCCCAUGGAGAUAAGAAGAAUGAUUUAAACAGUGUGCGCUCAGUAUUAGAGAAAUUGCACCAAGCAAAUUCAGUUGAAGAACUUGAUGAGCUUAUUGCAAAGAAAGAGAGGAUUAUGCAACAUGAGACCAUUUCUUUGAAAGAAGAAAAGCUUUUAAUUAAAGAGAUUAAUGAAUUAAAAUCCCAACGGAAGCAGCUGUCCGCCACCAUGGGCUCAAAGGCUGAAAUCAAUGAGGCAUUUGACCAAAAAGAUCACAUUCAUGAGCGGCAUAAGGUGUUAAAGAAGGAUUCUGAUGUUUUAUUCAGCAACCUGAAAGUCCUAGAGGAGAACACAAGAAAGAUUCAAAAAUCUUUUGCUGAUGAAAGAACAGCUCUCAGAAAAUUAACAGAGGAACACCGAGCAGCUAAUGAAAUACGUCAAAAGGCCUACAGCGAUUGGACUGAGCUUAGAUCAGAGCCCAGCAAGAAGAAUGAAUACUUUUUCAAGUACAGGGACGCCCGAAAUGCAGCAGAAAAUUUCAGAGCCAAUGGAGAUAUAAAUGGACUUAUAUCACACUGUAAUAGUCAGAUUGAGAGAGUUAUGGAAAUAUGGAACAAAAACGAGGACUUCCGCAAGCAGUAUGUUGAAUCGAACAAGGUUAGCACACUAAAGAGAUUAGGGACCCAUGACGGACGAAAACUUGGCCCUGGUGAGGAUCCUCCGGUCAUUCCAAGCCGAAGACCAAGCAACAUUUGUCCAUUGUCUGCCUCAAGCCCGGAAAUGAUCACCUUAGCUUCAACACCAGCACCUGUAUUGGCUGCUGCAGCUGCAGUCCCUUCCAAAGAGAACUCCUUUCCUGCUUUGGCAGCCCCUCAGACCAGUAAGCGCGCCAAAUCAAAAGCAUCUGGUAGCUCUGCCCAGAUUAAGAACAAAUCUGUUAUAGUAUCAGAGGAAGAAGAUUUGGAACAGACUUUAAAGGAGAAGGCUCAUCAAUUGGAGUUAGCUAGGAAGGCAGAGGAGUUAGAUAGGAAGGCAGAGGAGUUGGCGCGGAAGGAGGAGGAACUAAGAAAAGAGAGGGAUGCAGCUGAAAAGGAGCGGCUUAGGAUGGAGCAGAAGGCUAAGGCUAAGGAGGCUGAGGAGAGGAAGAGGCGGAAAGCAGAGAAGGACAAGGAAAGAGCCGAGUUCAAAGCACGCAAGGAAGCUGAGGAGAGAGAGAAGAAGAAAGCAAAGAGAGACAAAAAGAAAGGCGCAGCACCAGCAGAUUCGAGCGCCAUUGGUGACAGCCAUGCUGCUGCUUCGGCUACAGCAGAUACUGACAGUAAUGCAUCAGACAACCCAAGGGAAGCUGACGUUUCUCAACCAGCGGUGGCUCCCAGGAGGCCGGCUAGACCAGCGGCGGCAAUCAAGCAACUGAACAGGUUGCAGCCCAUGCCAGCGCCCCUGCGUAACAGGGGCAGGAGGAAACUGCGGCAGUACAUCCUGAUCGCAGCGGCGGUGCUAACGGUGCUGGCGCUGUUCGUGGCAGGCAACUACAUUCCCAGGCUGAGGUCGCACUCCUAAUUUUAUCGUUAGGAAAGGAGUGCCAGUUCUGUCGCGGUGAACCUGGUGGUGGUUCUACCUAGAGGAUUCUUCUUUUUUCGACUGUUCGGGUUGGUUUGUAUUUAGCUUCCCUUAUUAUAGGUUUGUGAUAAAAGUUAUUACCGGAUGGUGGUGAAAUAUUCGUUAGAACAUGAUAAUAAUGACUAUAGAUUCUUUUUUGUACAUAGGUCUCUGGUGCUAACCUUAGCGUAUAUGAUAUUUAAUCAUAUUCUA